GAGAGAGAGAGAGAGAGAGAGAGAGAGAGAGAGAGAAACGGAUUUCUCCAGCGGUGCACCACGGGGAAGCCUGCGCAUUCAAACUGACCAGCGCGUCUCUCUGAGCGCACACACCGUCCUCUCUCCAUAUCCAUCCCGAGCAGCCUCGCUGCAGCGGACCACAGGAGCCGGUGCGGAGGAGCUGCAGAGAAGAAGAAGAAGAAGAGGAGGAGGGAGGAGGUGAUCGCUGUGACUGUUGGCUCAGCGAGGGUUUGAGCCUGUCAGCAGCCUCCCAGCAGCAGCCUCUCCACAGGCCUGGACUAUCUAAAGCGAAAAACAACAAGCAGCUAAACUUCCCAACCCGACACCUUGCUCUGGUCCCGCCGCUCUGAUCCGCUCCAGUCCCAGUGUCAUGGCCUUCACCCUGUCAGAGAUCAUGGCAGCGAGACGGCAGCAGUCGCAGGCUCAGGCGCAAGCCCAGCGAGGCAACAGGACAGCGGUGGAGGUAGACGAAUAUAGCACCAACCCCACUCAGGCCUUCACCUUCUACAACAUCAACCAGGGACGCUUCCAGCCGCCACACGUCCACAUGGUGGACCCGAUGCCCCACGACACGCCCAAGCCGCCGGGCUACACCCGCUUUGUGUGCAUCUCGGACACUCACUCCCGCACCGACAGCAUCCAAAUGCCGUACGGAGACGUGUUCAUCCACGCCGGAGACUUCACUGAGCUGGGACUGCCCUCUGAGGUCAAGAAGUUCAACGACUGGCUAGGUACCCUGCCCUACGACAUCAAGAUAGUAAUUGCCGGAAACCACGAGUUGACCUUUGACCAGGAGUUUAUGGCUGAUCUGAUCAAGCAGGACUUCUACUACUUCCCCUCUGCCUCCAAGUUGAAGCCAGAGAAUUACGAGAAUGUCCAGUCGCUGCUCACUAACUGCAUCUACCUGCAGGACUCCGAGGUCACCGUACGGGGCUUCAGGAUCUAUGGCGCCCCCUGGCAGCCCUGGUACUACGGCUGGGGCUUCAACCUGCCGCGGGGUCAGGCUCUGCUGGACAAGUGGAACCAGAUCCCCGACAACACAGACAUCCUGGUCACACACUGCCCCCCACUGGGUUUCCUGGACUGGGUCCCGAAAAAGAUGCAGCGCGUGGGGUGCAUGGAGCUGCUCAACACAGUCCAGAGGAGAGUCCAGCCCAAAUUACAUGUGUUCGGACACAUUCAUGAAGGUUACGGCAUGAUGACUGACGGCACCACGACGUUCGUCAACGCCUCAGCCUGCACGGUCAACUUCCUGCCCAUGAACGCGCCCAUCGUCUUCGACCUUCCAAAUCCCCGGACCACAUGACUAAAGCGAGAGCGCCCAAAAACACCUGCCGCCAACCAGGAGAGCUAGGUGAGGUCGGGUGGUCAGAGCGGAGCAGGUGUCUGUAAAUAUGAGGCACACAUCCAGUACGGUACAUGCCUGGAGAUAGAGCGAGACUAAGUGAGGAACGCUCCCUCACGCUGUUAAUGUUAUUUUAUCUGCCACCAUUUCUUCAUCUCAACACUGAGUCGAAAAGCAGACACACGGACGAGCGGAGAGACGCUUUUACGUGAGGACAAAUGGACAUUUCUCUGUCCUCUUUUACUGCACUGACAAUCUGAUGGGGCUCUCGAGAGAGACAGGAGGCACCCAGACGUCCCUGUUGGUCUUUUUCACUUCAUUUAUAUGAACUGUAAAUCACGAAGUGAAACAACCCAACACCUCGUCUCCGUGACAGUUGUGGAUAAGCCUCGACUCAACAGCAACGGAACGUUUGCCCGAGGGGGGAUUGUAACAGAACUUUUUCUCCCUUUCCACUUUUUUAAACAUUACUUUCCUCAUUUCUUCCCGCCUCUUUCUGCCACCCUUAUCUUCCUCCUGUUUCUCUCCCCUCCUCUGGCCCGGAGCAUGAUGUGGUGUGUGUUUUUGCCAGUGUGUGUGCGCGCGUGUGUGUGUAUGUGAUCAAAUUGAGUGUGUGAGGGCAGCAAGAGGUCUCUGCCAGGGGCUGUGAGAGUGUCAGGGUGUCAAACAUGACACCGCUCCCCUGGGCCCCAUUACAGCCUCCACAAGCCUCUUAACCACAUGCAGCACUUUCCCUUUUUCCUUCCUCUCCUCUCCCCAUGUAGCUCCCUUAUCACCUUUUCUCCUCUCUUCCCUCCCCCCCCCCCACCCUUCCUCCCUAUCCUCCAUGCUGUGAAUGACUACCACAGCUUUUUAGCGACUAACUGAGAAGGCGGGCUUUUUGGACUGCAGGCAACAUACGACGUAAAGGUGCUACAUGCUAACGCUGCUUCUGUACAGUCACGCUAACCUCCAACUUCCGAGCCGCGGUGGUUGUUUCAAGCACCCUCCCUCGUGUUGGGAGAGAUGGAACUUUUUAUCCUUUUUUUUUUAAAGAGGAGUAAAUCUGUAACUACAUGUAGUGUAACUGGUCUUUGUAAAUGUACUCUGUCAAUGUAAAGAAAAAAAAGAACUUGAAGAUUUCCACGUUGUUGCUAUGCUUUUAAAAA